ACUACCUUAUUGUUUUCUUCUUCUUCAAAGAUGUCUAAGCCAAGUGUAAGGAAACAAGCCAUAGAGAAGCAUAUUAACCGUAGUUCUAAAGAGAAAGAGAAGGGGCCAAGCAAUUAUAGUAACUUGUUUUAUUUAUCCAAACACCUGAAGAAAGUUUACCCAAUAGAGCUUCAAAAAACUUGUUCACUUCCAACUUAUUCCCUUUCUUUAUCUCUAUCUCAAACUUCAUCAGAUGAUUCUUCCCUUUCUACACUGGAUGAUCAUAUAUUCUCUUCGUCGUUUCAAAGAAGAGAAAUUCCAGCCAGCAAAAAUGUUGUUCCACAAGUUAGUCGUGCUCUAAAUCUUAGCACAUGUCCUAGUGAAAAAGAGCUUAUGAGGUGCAGUUGGAUCACUAAUAGCAGUGAUAAGGCAUAUGUGCAGUUCCAUGAUGAAUGCUGGGGUGUUCCAGUUUAUGAUGACCAUCAAUUGUUCGAGCUACUUUCAUUGGCUGGCUUGUUGAUGGAUUUUAACUGGACUGAAAUUUUAAAGAGAAGACAACUAAUGAGAGAAGCCUUUGUUGGAUUCAAUGCGAAGCAAGUGGCUAAAAUGGGGGAGAAAGAGAUUAAAGAAAUAGUCUCUAAUGCAUCCCUGAUGUUACCAGAAAAUAGAGUUAGAUCAAUUGUUGACAACGCCAAAUGCAUAGUCAAGAUUGGGAGGGAAUUUGGAUCUUUCAGCUGCUACAUGUGGAACCAUAUGAAUUAUAAACCAAUAAUUAACAGAUUUAGAAAUGCAAGAAAUGUUCCACUAAGAAGUCCAAAAGCAGAAGCUAUUAGCAAAGAUUUGGUGAAGAGAGGAUUAACGCUUGUUGGGCCAGUGAUUGUAAAUUCAUUUAUGCAAGCGGCUGGAAUGACAAUUGAUCAUUUGAUUUAUUGUUUUAGACACAAAGAAUGUGUUAAUCUUGCUGAAAGACCUUGGAGGCAUGUCUGAAACAUAUAAUUCUCUUGAAUUGUUUCCACAUAAAAAGAUUUAAUAAAUUAUUAGGCUUCUCCAAUUUAUCCUAAUCUUUUUCUUUUAUUUUUGCAUCUUCGUUAUUUAAGUGUAUUUUUAUACAUCAAGAGUUAUGAUGUUGUAAUAUCAGUAAAAGUCGUUCACACAAUUAGUAUGAACGUCAUUCUUAUUGUCUCAUUUGUC